GUCGAGGCAAUGGUUGUGAAAACUUCAAAACGAACACGGUGGCAGAGACAACAUGACAGUUGAUUACAAAUCUCACCUGACAGAGGUAUAUAAGUUAAAACUUGAUGGUAUGCACCAGAAUCGAGGAGAAACACGAAUCGAAGGUGGUUACCAUGGCAUGUGUGGAGGAUACCGUUUCCAUGGAUACUGUUGUGGAGAUCCUCAGGUGCAUGUGGCAUUGUCCCGAGGAUCAUGCUAUUAAGAAACUCCGACAACACCCAAGAGUCAUACAUGAACAGUUUGGAUUUGAGUACCUGAAAGAUGAUAAAGUGUGUGUUUGUCACCACAUCUUGGAGAGACAACAGCAUAAUGGACACAUCUUCAAUGUGGACAAAUUAUGUGACUUCAUCCUGGCCGGGUCCUGUCCACAUGUCAGCGACAAGUGUCCUGUAGAUCGAAUCAGCAGGGCGGGGGCCUACUUCAUCACAGCUGCGUCAGCUCUGGGCAAGGAGGAUGUCGUCCGAUAUCUCAUGAUCAAAGGCAGUAGUCUUAACACGGCUACCCAGGUCCUGAAACUCACCCCCAUACAUCUUGCUCUUAUGAAGAAUGAUCUGAACAUGGUAUAUUUUCUGUUAGCAAGGGAAGUUGAGGUCAAUGUUUAUUGCGAGUUUUCUGAAGGUAAUUUUUCGCCACUAAUGUUGGCGGCUCGUGAUGGCACAAAGGAAACUGUCAAUCUUCUUCUUGAUGUUCCCGACAUCCGAUUGGAUUUUCUGAAUCAGAGUGAGACAGGAGCUUUGACUUGUGCAUUACUCAAUAGAAAUACAAACAUUCUGGAUAUCCUGAUCAGAGCUGGAGUUCAAGCAUCGAAAACCACUUUAGAAAAAGCAGUUCAGAUGAACGAUGAAAGGUAUACUGGAGAAAAUUUUAAAGACAAAACCACUGACAUAUUUUGAGGAUGUUUGGCAGGUUCAGGCUAUCCAUCAGGCAGUUAAGCAGGGUAGCAGCAAGCUGUUGAAGGUCUUAUUUGACAAGGGUUUCUCGCUGAACCUGUCCUCAGCCGUGGAUGGCGCGGCAGUUGUGAACACAAUGACUAAGAAUUACAGCCCACUUCAUGUUGCUACCCUAAACAAUGAUGCUGCGAUGGUGGGGAUUCUUCUCGACGGAGGAGUAAGCAUCGACUCGCACAAAAUGCAAGAUUACACAGCCUAUGACCUAGCGAUAGCUAUGGGCUUUGACAAAGUUAAAUCUGUGAUAGAGGCGAAGGCCAAAAAGCCGUUACAUUCGUGUGUAAGAUACCAAUAUGGACCUUAUAAUGCUCUGUUUCACCUGAAAGGCAUUGACCGUCCGGCCGUGAUUCGACAGUUGGCUGCCAAGGGCUAUGACCUUGAUGAAACUUACCAAGGUCACACAAAGCCGAUAUAUGUUGCAAUUCGUUGUGGCGAUAACAUGUCACUGAAGACUCUUAUUGAACUCGGUGCUAAUCCUGAUCCGCAACUGAGGAAAUCUUCAGGAGUUUUGGAUUCUCCGCUAGCUUGUGCAGUACGAAUAGGAAAUUUAGAAGCCGUAAAAAUUUUAUUAAGUGAAAAUGUACGCAUCAGUGAUCAAUCAGUAUUCUGCUGUAAGGAUGCCAAUAUCUUUAGACUUCUAGUGGAUGCUGGUGCAGACAUUCGGAAGCAUACAAAACACUGGAAGAGGCUGUACGAGCUAGCAGGUCUCUGGAAGGUGCCAACUAUUCAGAAAUUUCUUGACCAUGAUUUUGACGAACCACCAAGUUUGACACUUCUUUGUAGAGAUUCCCUCCGGAAUCAUUUCCACGGACAAGCUCUCAAGGCAUUCUUGAGUCACCAACAUCUUCCAGGGAGCAUCAAGAGGAUGCUUACAUUAGAGGAUGUUCUCAGCACAUUUUCUCCUUACUACUAAGUGCUUUAUACGGUCCAGUUGGCCGAGAACAUUUUCAGUAUACAGUUUAUAGCUACGAACAAAGUGCUUUAAUUACCUGGCAGUUUUUGAGGUCACGGAUGACCGAGAACAUUGGUUCAUACUCACUUAACUGCCAGGGUAUUUUUACUUGUACAAAGUGCGUUGGUUACUGCCCAUUGGAAAUGGCCAUCUUUGGUAAUCAUGAAUGUUUAAUAACACCGUAUUUAAGUGGUUCACCUGAUCAUGAUUGUGAUGUGAGAAAGUUAACUAUCAUAAUUGUUUUGUUUGAUAGAUAAUUGUGAAUUAUCUAUAUUCAAAUAAAUGAAGUUUCAGAAAUGGCAUAUAAUAUGUUACACAUGAAAUCCAGGUUCUUAUCCAUUGUUUUACCAAUCUUAUGUUGAAAAUGUUUUUUUUGUAAUUAAUGACAAUUUUUAAGUAUUUAAUAAAUUUUAUAUUGUCAAUAUUCAUUUCUAAAAAAAAACCAACUGAAAACGAUUUUUUUUUUCUAAGAAAAAAUACAUAUUGUCAAUAUCAUGCAUAAGCUUUUGUUUUUAAAAUUAUAACAUCAUUACUUAACCUGCCUAGUUAAAUUGUAACACAUGCUAUCAAAUAUUGGAGGAAAUGCUGCAUAUUUCUGGGUAUAAUUUCACAGUAUUAAUUAUUAUCUCCCUUUAUUUGUUAAAUUAUGCCUUAUUAAUAUAUAGUUAAGUUAAUUUGUUCAAAGCUCAAUAGAUUAGUCAGACAUUGAAAUUUAGAAGUAUAAUUAACACUUAUUAUAUUUUAUUUAUUUAUUUUUGAUUGUUUACCUUUUUUACUUUGUAAACACUUCAGUCUCUAUAUACAGUUAAGACAUAAUGUUUUAUUUUGGUUUAAGUUGAAAAUUGGACCAAUUUACAAUAUCAUGAUUGUUGUUGCUCCAAGUGUGGAAAAUUUUUACUCAGUGAUGUACAAUCAUGUAGUGGUUCAAUUUAAAAGGUUUUUUUGUUUGUUUUUGUUUUUUUUUGUUAUAUUAUAAUCAUAAUUUCAAAUUUAAUGUUAUUACAAAGGUAAUACUUAAUCUAGUGUUUGUGAUUUAGCUAUUUAUUGAUACAUGUACUUUUAAAUAAAAUAUUCACAUACACUAAAUCAGCAAUUGUAAUAUCCAUUUGUAUACCAAAUUUAUUUAUUUUCUGGAUAAAUGAAAUUAAAAUUUAAGUCUUUGGCAUUCUGUAUCCUUGGUUAAUUAUAGCGGUUAUAUACAUUGAGUAGACAUCAAGUGUUUUUUUUCCAGAUUAUCGGCCAAUAUAUGGAUCAAUUUUAAUAUACAUGUGUAUUGUAUAACACAGAACAUUCAUAGAUUGCUAUUCGUAUAUUGAACCAUGCAAAACAAAUAAAUAUAUAUUAUUGAUAUAACAAAUGAAAUUGAUACCCCGACUCAAUUUGACUGUAAUAUGUGGAAUAUCAACAAAUGUCUCUACCUUGAAACUAUGUAAAUAAGAUGGAAUACACAUUACUAAUAUUUUGUUAUACAGUUGUGGCAAUCGCAGAAAGUUCAAGAUUUUUCUGAUUUUUAGAAAGCUAAGAAUUUUCUGAUUUUUAGAAAGCUAGUUAUUACAAUUACCAAGCCAUUAAAUUGAAUGUCAGUUUUGUUCGUAUGGAUUUGUUAUCAAAGAGAUGUGUUAAAUAAAUAAAAUAUUUUCCUAUAAUUACAACAUGUACCUAACAAAAACUAUUGUUUUGCAAAAUUACAAUUUUUUUGAUGUGUCACAAUCAGCCUUUUUGAAGUCUAGACCUUUUCCUUUACUUCAUUUUUCUCAGGUACAUGAGUUAAGAAACUGUAAUUUAAGUAUACCCUUACAAAUGUAUUUUAAGAACAAAAAUACAAUAAUGAUAUGUUACAACUUUGCAAGUUGUUUUUCUCAAGAUUUAUGUUCGUUGACAAUUUUAUGUUCAUACAAGGUAUAAUUAAUGCAUAAUGUUAUACUGUAGGUGUUUGUGCAAUUAAGUUUUGUUUUUGUUUAUGUUGGUACCGGACAUUUCUGUGGAUUACAUAUCCGGAUCUGCCUUGCAUGUGAUAAAUUUUGAAUGCUGUCUCGCCAAUCAUUAAUGUAUUUUGUACAGACUGAUGUACUUAGAAUUUUCACAAGUGUCAAAAUAAAGAUUUGUUUUUAUUUGA